AGAUUUAAUUUAAUAUGUCUCCACUAUUAUUAGUGGGGAUAUUGAUCUCCACGGCUUUCGCCGACAAUCCCCACGUGAAGGGGGGCUUUUCGGCCAAUCCGAGCGAGAUAAACUCUCUAGUCAACCACCAAAAUGCGCACCAAUCGGGCGAUCCCCAAGACUUCUGGUGGAUGCGCUCCGAUAGUCCCAUGAAAGCCGCUUACGAUUACUACAAGAAAUGCUCGGAAAAAGGAAACUGUUUACCGCCCGUGAACCUACAAAAAGAAGAAGAAGAAGGCAGUUUCGGCCCCAUAGACGUGAAGAAAAACCCUUUUCUAAAUGGAGUUUACGAAGCCGGCGGCUCCAGCUCUUCGUUCCAAACGAAGGAAAACGGAGCAGCAUUUUCUGAUAAACAACGAUUCGCCACCGCCGGCUCCGGUGAGGCGGUAAAGAACGAGAAUGGUUUCAUCGGAGUGCAACCGAAGAAGCCCAGUUUCCCCACCUCCCAUCCGCUGGAAAACAAGCAACCCUUUCCCGACAAGAGGCCGGGAGCUCCCCAACCCUUCGGCUACCCAGCCAACGACAAUGACAACGAAGUCGUCUCGGACAAAGUCCCUGACAAAAUCCCCUGCGGAGGUCAAGGAAGAGCGUGCGUGAAAAAGAGUUCGUGCAUCAACGGCGUCGUCAGUGAGGACGUCCAAGCGGACGAAAUUAACGAAGAAGUUCAACACUGCGACAAAACAACGGAAUCCUGUUGUUCCUUACUGGCGGCGGAUGCUUCGAAUCUAUCGCCGAAAUCCUCCUUCCCGACGAGCAUCAACGAGCUCCUCGACAAUACCGGCAAAAGUUCCUCGUCACAAAAAUCCACCUCCAAGUUAUCGGGGGGUCCGACCGACGUAUACAGGGAUAACAUAAAACCCCAAGUAUUGCAUGUGGGCGAAAGCGGGUCUACAAAUAAGGCCAGUACCGGCAAACCCACUAGAGAAGUACCGCCAAAUGGUAAUUCGUACUUUGCUUCGACCCCUGAUUACAGUAACGUACAAUUCGACAGCGGCGUGAGGUUUUCAUCGACCAUAAGAGGACCUGCUUAUCUUCCUCCAAUAGAACCAGUCACACCGGCGCCUUGUCCGUUUGGCUUCGUUAGACAACCUGAUGGUAGUUGUAGCAGACCACCACGUCCACAGUGUCCGCCAGGUUUUAUCAGGCGGCCUGACGGAACUUGCGACAGAAAUACCGAUGAAUCCAACGAUCCAAAACCUAUACCCGUGUGUCCUGAAGGCACUAUUAGACAACCGAAUGGACUUUGUGCUCCCAAGCCACCGCCGGUGUUGUAUUGUCCUCCAGGGACGGUUCUUCAAGAAAAUGGUUCUUGCCAAGUAGUUUGUACUGGCGAUAAAAAAUUGAUAAACGGCGUCUGUGAGUACACACCUUGCCAGCCAGGUUACAUUAGACUACCUAAUGGAAAAUGUAGUCCAAGACCUGUACCACCAAUCGUUUGUCCACCAGGUGUCAUUAAACUACCUAAUGGAAAAUGUGCCGAAAAACCUGAGUGUCCUCCGGGUAGUAUUAGAGGGCGAAAUGGAGAAUGUAAGAAACUAGAAAUCAUUUGUUCGGACGGAACCCUAAUAUCACAAGGUGGUAAAUGCCCACCAACACCACCUCCUGUGUUAUAUUGUCCUCCAGGGACUGUUGUUCAACCAGAUGGUUCCUGCGAACCUAAAGAACCAGUAUGCCCGCCUGGCACUAUACCACAAUCUAAUGGACAAUGUAAAAAGCCUUGCCCACCUGGAACUGUACCUGGACCAAAUGGGGAAUGCAGAGAACCUCCAUGUCCGCCCGGAACUGUGAGGGAUCAAAACGGAAAUUGUAGAGAACCUCCAUGUCCGCCUGGCACUGUCAGACAAUCUAAUGGACAAUGCAAAAAACCUUGCCCACCUGGAACUAUACCUGGACCAAAUGGGGAAUGCAGAGAACCUCCAUGUCCGCCCGGAACUGUGAGAGAUCAAAACGGAAAUUGUAGAGAACCUCCAUGCCCGCCUGGCACUGUAAGACAAUCUAAUGGACAAUGCAAAAAGCCUUGCCCGCCUGGAACUGUACCUGGACCAAAUGGUGAAUGCAGAGAACCUCCAUGUCCGCCCGGAACUGUGAGGGAUCAAAACGGAAAUUGUAGAGAACCUCCAUGUCCGCCUGGCACUGUAAGACAAUCUAAUGGACAAUGCAAAAAACCUUGCCCACCUGGAACUAUACCUGGACCAAAUGGGGAAUGCAGAGAGCCUCCAUGUCCGCCCGGAACUGUGAGGGAUCAAAACGGAAAUUGUAGAGAACCUCCAUGCCCACCUGGCACUGUAAGACAAUCUAAUGGACAGUGCAAGAAGCCUUGCCCACCUGGAACUAUACCUGGACCAAAUGGGGAAUGCAGAGAACCUCCAUGUCCGCCCGGAACUGUAAGGGAUCAAAACGGAAAUUGUAGAGAACCUCCAUGCCCACCUGGCACUGUAAGACAAUCUAAUGGACAGUGCAAGAAGCCUUGCCCACCUGGAACUAUACCUGGACCAAAUGGGGAAUGCAGAGAACCUCCAUGUCCGCCCGGAACUGUAAGGGAUCAAAACGGAAAUUGUAGAGAACCUCCAUGCCCACCUGGCACUGUAAGACAAUCUAAUGGACAAUGCAAAAAACCUUGCCCACCUGGAACUGUACCUGGACCAAAUGGGGAAUGCAGAGAACCUCCAUGUCCGCCCGGAACUGUGAGGGAUCAAAACGGAAAUUGUAGAGAACCUCCAUGCCCACCUGGCACUGUAAGACAAUCUAAUGGACAAUGCAAAAAACCUUGCCCACCUGGAACUGUACCUGGACCAAAUGGGGAAUGCAGAGAACCUCCAUGUCCGCCCGGAACUGUAAGGGAUCAAAACGGAAAUUGUAGAGAACCUCCAUGCCCACCUGGCACUGUAAGACAAUCUAAUGGACAAUGCAAAAAACCUUGCCCACCUGGAACUAUACCUGGACCAAAUGGGGAAUGCAGAGAGCCUCCAUGUCCGCCCGGAACUGUGAGGGAUCAAAACGGAAAUUGUAGAGAACCUCCAUGCCCACCUGGCACUGUAAGACAAUCUAAUGGACAAUGCAAGAAGCCUUGCCCACCUGGAACUGUACCUGGACCAAAUGGUGAAUGCAGAGAACCUCCAUGUCCACCCGGAACUGUGAGGGAUCAAAAUGGCAAUUGUAGAGAACCUCCAUGCCCACCUGGCACUGUUAGACAAUCUAAUGGACAAUGCAAAAAACCUUGCCCACCUGGAACUGUACCUGGACCAAACGGUGAAUGUAGAGAACCUCCAUGUCCGCCCGGAACUGUAAGGGAUCAAAAUGGAAAUUGUAGAGAACCUCCAUGCCCACCUGGCACUGUAAGACAAUUUAAUGGACAAUGCAAGAAGCCUUGCCCACCUGGUACAGUACCUGGACCAAAUGGGGAAUGCAGAGAACCACCAUGUCCGCCCGGAACUGUGAGGGAUCAAAACGGAAAUUGUAGAGAACCUCCAUGCCCACCUGGCACUGUUAGACAAUCUAAUGGACAAUGCAAAAAACCUUGCCCACCUGGAACUGUACCUGGACCAAACGGUGAAUGUAGAGAACCUCCAUGUCCGCCCGGAACUGUAAGGGAUCAAAACGGAAAUUGUAGAGAACCUCCAUGCCCACCUGGCACUGUAAGACAAUCUAAUGGACAAUGCAAGAAGCCUUGCCCACCUGGAACUGUACCUGGACCAAAUGGGGAAUGCAGAGAACCACCAUGUCCGCCCGGAACUGUAAGGGAUCAAAACGGAAAUUGUAGAGAACCUCCAUGCCCACCUGGCACUGUAAGACAAUCUAAUGGACAAUGCAAAAAGCCUUGCCCACCUGGAACUGUACCUGGACCAAAUGGUGAAUGUAGAGAACCUCCAUGUCCGCCCGGAACUGUGAGGGAUCAAAACGGAAAUUGUAGAGAACCUCCAUGCCCGCCUGGCACAAUAAGACAAUCUAAUGGACAGUGCAAAAAGCCUUGCCCACCUGGAACAGUACCUGGACCAAAUGGGGAAUGUAGAGAACCACCAUGUCCGCCCGGAACUGUGAGGGAUCAAAACGGAAAUUGUAGAGAACCUCCAUGCCCACCUGGCACUGUAAGACAAUUUAAUGGACAAUGCAAGAAGCCUUGCCCACCUGGAACUGUACCUGGACCAAAUGGUGAAUGUAGAGAACCACCAUGUCCGCCCGGAACUGUGAGGGAUCAAAACGGAAAUUGUAGAGAACCUCCAUGCCCACCUGGCACUGUUAGACAAUCUAAUGGACAAUGCAAAAAACCUUGCCCACCUGGAACUGUACCUGGACCAAACGGUGAAUGUAGAGAACCUCCAUGUCCGCCCGGAACUGUAAGGGAUCAAAACGGAAAUUGUAGAGAACCUCCAUGCCCACCUGGCACUGUAAGACAAUCUAAUGGACAAUGCAAGAAGCCUUGCCCACCUGGAACUGUACCUGGACCAAAUGGUGAAUGUAGAGAACCUCCAUGUCCGCCCGGAACUGUAAGGGAUCAAAACGGAAAUUGUAGAGAACCUCCAUGCCCACCUGGCACUGUAAGACAAUUUAAUGGACAAUGCAAGAAACCUUGCCCACCUGGAACUGUACCUGGACCAAAUGGGGAAUGUAGAGAACCACCAUGUCCGCCCGGCACUUUAAGACAAUUUAAUGGACAAUGUAAAAAGCCUUGCCCACCUGGAACUGUGAGGGCACCAAAUGGGGAAUGUGGAGAACCUCCAUGCCCGCCUGGCACUAUAAAACAAUCUAAUGGACAAUGCAAAAAGCCCUGCCCACCUGGGACUCUGACGGGACCCAAUGGCGAAUGUACAGAACGGCCAUGUCCGUCUGACACCAUCAGGCAACCUGAUGGUUCAUGUGCACCAUACUGUCCAUCAGGUACGACUAGACAAAAAGACGGAAGUUGUAGGAAACCAGAAAUCAUUUGCCCAAGUGGAACCGUCAAACAACGUGAUGGAUUAUGCAGCCCUACUACACCAAAACCUACAACCGAGUGUCCUCCUGGCACUAUAAAACAAUUUAAUGGAAAAUGCAAAAAGCCCUGCCCACCUGGGACUGUGACGGGACCAAAUGGCGAAUGUACAGAACGGCCAUGUCCGUCUGACACUAGAAGACUACCAGAUGGUUCUUGUGAAAAAAUUUGCUCUUCUGGUACUAUCAAGCAACCCGAUGGUUCUUGUGCACCAUACUGUCCAUCAGGCACGACUAGGCAAAAAGACGGAAGCUGUAGGAAACCAGAAAUCAUUUGCCCAAGUGGAACCGUCAAACAACGUGAUGGAUUGUGCAGCCCUACAACACCAAAACCUACAAUCGAGUGUCCUCUUGGUACUAUAAAACAAAUUAACGGAGAAUGCAAAAAGCCCUGCCCACCUGGGACUGUGACGGGACCAAAUGGUGAAUGUGUAGAACGGCAAUGUCCCCCUGGAACUACAAGGGAUCCAAACGGCAAUUGUAGAAAACGUCAAUGUCCGCCUGACACUAGAAGACUACCAGAUGGUUCUUGCGAAACGAUUUGCUCGUCUGGUACUAUCAGGCAACCUGAUGGUUCAUGUGCACCAUACUGUCCAUCAGGUACGACUAAACAAAAAGACGGAAGCUGUAGGAAACCAGAAAUCAUUUGCCCAAGUGGAACCGUCAAACAACGUGAUGGAUUAUGCAGCCCUACAAUACCAAUACCUACAAUCGAGUGUCCUCCGGGAACUAUCAGACAAUUUGACGGAAAUUGUAGUCCAACAACUACAUCACGACCUUGUCCAGCUGAUACCAUUAGACAACCUAACGGAAGUUGCAGACCAAUCGAAGUACGCUGUCAAUUUGGAACCGUGAAGCUACCUGAUGGUUCUUGUGGGACUACUACACCGCAGUAUGUACCAACUCAAACACCACCUCAACCAUCAGUAACACCCGGCAAACCAUUACAACCAUCGGUCACGACACAAAAAACAGCAGUUACUCCAUUUAUACCGUCUAAACCAUCAGUAACAACAUUCCAGCCAUUUACCACUCCACAACCGCCAUUAACUAGUUUAAAACCAUAUCAGCCAUCAAUUGAUACACAGAGGCCUUUCCCUUCUAAUCCUCCCACCACUAAACGUCCUUGCUCGCCAGGUCAAAUUUUGAGCGAAUUUGGUUCUUGUACUUAUCCGCAGAAACCUAGACCCCAGUGUGCGCCUGGCCAAGUACCAGCCCUAUCCGGAAUAGGAUGCGUAUUCCCCCAGACAGAAAAACCGAUUAUUUCUUCUACUACAACAGUAAAACCAAUAACUUGUCGCCCCGGGCAGGUUAAAACUCCUAGUGGAGUUUGCGUCUAUCCUCAAACAUCUACUACAAAAUCUCCUUGUUCUCCAGGUCAAACUCGUCUUCCAUCGGGAGCUUGUAUUUAUCCUGUACAGACUACUCCUAAACCUGGAUUCACUUGUAAACCUGGUCAAUAUCUAUCUUCAUCGGGAAUUUGCCAAUAUUCUCAGACAACAGAAAUUACCACUUACCCAUAUCCUAGACCUACUACUUCAUUUUGCAAACCCGGCCAGAGUAUUUCACCAAGCGGUGAAUGUGUUUAUCCUACAAAGCCUUCUAGACCAAAGUGUUCCGUUGGUCAAAUAUUAACUGACCGUGGAACUUGUGAAUACCCACCGUUAAAGCCAAAGGAUACUUGUAGACCAGGACAAACCUUAUCCCCUGCAGGAAUUUGUAUAUAUCCAACAACUCCUAAACCGACCACUCAAAGUUUAAAACCAUUAUGUCAGCCAGGUCAAAUUCUUUCACCAUCAGGUGAUUGUGUUUAUCCUACUCGCAGACCGCCCACUUCUACAUUUAGGCCAACUUGUAAAAUUGGACAAAUUCUUUCUAAUUCUGGAGUUUGUAUUUAUCCAGUUAGACCAGAAAAGCCUUCUCAGAAACCCUCAUGUCUAUCUGGACAAAUUUUAUCACCUAAUGGUGACUGUGUUUAUUCUACAACACCACCGCAAACGCAAUCUUGCAAAGCCGGUCAAGUGUUGUCGCAAACAGGUAUUUGCAUUUAUCCCGCUACUACUAUAAGACCUUUUACAUUCCCUACACAAAAACCAACUACAACUACUUCAAUCAAAUAUUGUUCACCAGGAACAGUAUUCUCUAAAGAGGAAAACAGAUGCAUUCCAAGUCGAACAACCACCAUCGCACCAAUUACUUCAACUCAAAGUCCUUGCAAAAGAGGACAAAUCCUCUUACCUUCAGGUGUUUGUGAAUAUCCAACAAAGCCAACACAACAACCAAGGUGUAGAGAAGGUCAAAUAUUAUCGGAAUCCGGCGUUUGCAUAUAUCCAACAAGUCCAAAACCAUCAACAUAUCAACCCCCUAAAAAUAAUUGUAAACCCGGUCAGAGUAUAUCGCCAGCUGGUGAAUGUGUUUAUCCUACGAGUCCUUCGGUAUGUAGACGAGGACAAGUAAAAUCUGAAACAGGCGUUUGUAUAUAUCCUACAACACCAAAACCUACAUGCUUACCGGGACAAAUUUUAACGCCAUCUGGUUCUUGUAGUUAUCCAACAAGACCUUCUUCUCCUUCUACACCUAGACCUGUUGUUUGUAGCCCUGGACAAAUAAAAUCAUCUACAGGGGCCUGUAUUUAUCCACCAAAGAUAGAACCUACUUGUCCUCCAGGCCAAAUUAAAUCGCCUUCGGGUACCUGCAAAUUUGCUGUGAGACCGACAACUCCAAAACCAACUUGUCCACCGGGUCAGAUACCCUCGAAAACUAAUAUCAAUCAAUGUGAAUAUCCAAAAUCUACAGGGUACGAUUACCCCAAACCUACAACUAUUUUUACUACUCCAGAGCCAAGGCCAACGAGUAAAUUACCUUGUCCUCCUGGACAAAGUUUAUCACCUUCAGGUGAAUGUGUUUUUCCUAAGAGACCUACAAGGCCUUCCCAAAUGAAAUGCAGGGAUGGACAAGUAUUAACAAACUCUGGUCGUUGCGAAAAUCCUCCAAGACCGGCUUGUGAACCUGGUCAAAUUUUAUCACAACAAGGUGUUUGCAUUUAUCCCCCGAGUACACCGUCCACCGAAAGACCCGGUUUUCCUACCAGGAGGCCUCCUAGUGUCUGUAAACCGGGUCAAAUCUUGACCCCAUCUGGUGCUUGCCAGUAUCCUCGAAUACCAACCGAAACUACUACUUCUACGCAACGUCCCAAAUAUUGUCCUUUUGGAACAAAAUUGUCCCCUGAAAGUAAUGAAUGUGUACCAACAAUACCAUCCCCUGUAACUUGUCGACCUGGACAAAUACAAUCUCCUACAGGAGUAUGCAUCUACCCACCAACAACUGAAAAGCCUAGUUGUCCUCCUAAUCAAAUAUUGACUCCAUCUGGUGCUUGCCAAUAUCCUAGAAUACCGACUCAAACUACUACUUCUACACAACGUCCCAAAUAUUGUCCUUUUGGAACAAAAUUGUCUCCUGAAAGUAAUGAAUGUGUACCAACAAUACCAUCUCCUGUAACUUGUCGACCUGGACAAAUACAAUCUCCUACAGGAGUAUGCAUCUACCCACCUACAACUGAGAAGCCUAGUUGUCCUCCUAAUCAAAUAUUGACUCCAUCUGGUGCUUGCCAAUAUCCUAGAAUACCGACUCAAACUACUACUUCUACACAACGUCCCAAAUAUUGUCCUUUUGGAACAAAAUUGUCUCCUGAAAGUAAUGAAUGUGUACCAACAAUACCAUCCCCUGUAACUUGUCGACCUGGACAAAUACAAUCUCCUACAGGAGUAUGCAUCUAUCCACCUAAGCCAACAUGUCCUCCUAAUCAAAUUUUGGACUCAUCCGGUCGAUGCACCUUCCCAACAAGACCCACUGCACCAAGUACUGAGCCAAGUGUAACAUGUCGACCUGGUCAAAUCCUGUCUUUCGGCAAAUGCAUUUACCCUACAAAAACUCCUUCAACAACCCCACCUCCAGAAGGAUAUUUCUAUCCGAAACCCGUGAAACCUUUUCCAAGUACCCCUGGAGAUCAACGAGUGUGUCCGCCCGGGACAAGAAAGACCUCCACGGGUAUUUGCGAACGACAAUGUCCACCCGGUUCCUUCCGAUCGCCGACAGGUGAUUGUACCUUUAACAAGCCCACAGGCCGACCAACAGACACGAACACCCAAUCUACUCCAACUUAUUCCUCUAAAAAACCUUAUAGGCCUGUCACGGAAGGAGGCUACCACUACGACAAGCCGAAUCCACCUUUCGAUUUGCCCACUUCGACUUCGAGAGGUAACAGUGAAGUCGAGACUGGACCGACCACCGAGCACGACUCCGAUGGUACAAAUAUCCACAGCGAGAUAGCACAACCUGACAAUCACGGCGACUCGGACAAUGAACACGACGUCUAUCUUUCAACAACUACUGCCAAGACUUUUGUCGAUGUUAUUCAUACACCGUCCCCCAGCGACAUAAACGUCCAAGUUCCCGCUGGAUGCGCAGCAGCGCUGAAGUGCGUACAAGAAAUCUACUGUACAGCCGAAGGUACCAUUUCUCCGGUACCCGUAGUUCUCACCAAACAGCAGGAAUUAAUGAGAGUUCCGACAACAGCUUGCAGAGAAGUGGAAACAGGAAUUAUUGGUAAAUGUUGUCGCGAUCCCUAUUACAAGGAUCCAUGGCCGUCAGCAAACUUAGUGGACGGCGUGGAUGAUGGAACGUACAAAGAAGACAACCAUUUCGGGCAACACACCAAUCCAAAUAUAAACAUCAACAGAAAAGGCAGACAAUCUUACGGAAAGUGCGGAGUAAUUAAUAAGGACACUAUUCCACGAGGUCCAGGACCGUUGGACGCUAACUUCGGCGAGUUCCCAUGGCAAGCGAUGAUUUUAAGAAAUACCAACCGCAGCUUGCUUUGCGGUGGAGCUAUCAUAGCAGAUGAUGCAGUAUUGACGGUCGCUCACUGCGUGGAAGGACUUCAAACCGGCGACGUUCAAGUGAAAGGUGGCGAAUGGAAAUUGGGCAUCGAAGACGAACCUCUAGAUUACCAAAUACUUAAUGUAGCCGCGAUAGUUAGACACCCGAAAUACAAAAGCGAAGGUUACGAUUUGGCUGUUCUGAAGCUCUCCGGAAAGUUCAAGUGGGCGCAGAACGUCGGUCCGAUUUGCCUGCCCGAUCCCAAAUCUAAACCCGCCAACUGCAAGGUCACUGGAUGGGGAAAACGAAUACUCCAACUGCACGCGAGAGGUGCAAUAAUGCACCAAAUCGACGCGGAUGUGAUCAGCGACCAGCAAUGCCAGCGAACAUUGAGCGAGAAAUUCCAAGACUCUCUGCCUAACUACAACAAGCAUUUCUAUUGCGCCACGUCCGAUAUAGACCAAUGCAAGGUGGAUAUCGGUAGCGCAUUGGCCUGCACAAACGAUCAAGGUGUUUAUGUAGCAUCUGGUAUAUUCGCCUGGGAUACCGGCUGCAAGCAGGAAGACCAAAUAGGAGGUUACACGGAGACCGACACGCCUUGGGUGCAAGAGUGCUUGAAGAAGCCGCUGGACGAGUUGAAGAAGUUGGAUCAGGAAUAUUUGCUCAACAGCAGAAAGUAGAUUAGAACGAAAACAACGAACAACGUAAUAUAAAUAGUAUUUUGUAGAAGUUUAAUUUGCUGAAGUUGAAAUGAUCAAGAGACCUAAAUUAAAGUUAAUUUUGCAGGAAUUUUAACAUGUUUUUUCCAGAGCUUUUUUUACCUGAAAUUUUUUUGAGUACAACAUGAAAAUAACGAAUUUGGCGACAUGUUCAAAUAAUGUCUCUGUUAAAAUGUAAUGUAUUUGUUAAUGUAUAUAAAUACCUAUAAAAAAGCAUGUGAUAAACGGUAACAAAACUUCAGACUACUUAUUUAUUUUUAAGAAUGCCAGUAAUUUGUUUUGUAUAUUUUUUUGUAUUAUUUAAUUUUAACAAAAACUGCCAUAUGUAAAAAAUGUUUCGUUGUAUUAAAUUAGGUUUUUAUAUUGAAAUAGAAAACAAUACUCAUUUUUACUUGUAGAUUCUAUAAAAAUAGUAGGAUAACUGUUAUGUAUAAAAUAAUAUAAUAAAUAAAAAA